CGGAAUGACGGACUGACGGAAUGACGGACUGACGGACUGAUGGACUGACGAAUUGACGAACUAACUAACUGAUCGACUACCCGACGGGUAAGCCUGCUGCGUGACUGACUGACUAAGGCAUGGUCGUAAUGCCUGACUGGCUGACCGACAGACAGACGGACGAACCGACCAACCGACGGACGGAGGGGCGCACUGAUAGAACUUACACUGCUAUCGCGCUUCGUCGAACCACAAUAACUGAACAAACAGCCGCUCGAAUCGGUGGCGGAUGAACUUCAGGUGCAGAGACUCUGUUAAUCGGAGUUUUCUUUCUUUCCUCUGUUCUCGUUAUAGUAUCGACAAGGAAAAACGCAAUGGAGGUGGCAGGGCCACAUAUACAACCAGCGUAGCAGUGAAAUACGAUGGAAACAACACGUGGUUAAACCCCGCUAUGUUUAAGAGCAUCUGUGAUGUGGACGUCACAAACUUCCCUUUCGAUGACCAGGAAUGUUCGCUCAAAUUUGGCUCUUGGACUUCCGAUAAAUUUAAGAUCGAUCUGGUUGCCAAAAACAUCAUUGCACUCAACAGAUACUACGUUAACAAUGGCGAAUGGAAACUUUUGAAUUUGUCGGCGAAAAGAAACGCGCAAAAAUAUCAGUGCUGUCCCCACGAGUUUGUGGACAUAACGGUACGAAUAAACAUCCGAAGGGAAUCACUAGAUUACAUCCUGAAGUUGAUUAUUCCAUGCUCGCUGAUCUCUUCCAUGAUAUUUUUAGGGUUUGUUCUUCCACCCGAGUCCGGUGAACGCAUUGGACUGAGUAUCACAGUUCUUUUGGCCAUGACGGUGUUUCAACAACUUAGUUCCGAGCUUAUGCCAUCAUACGGUUUUCCUCUGCUUGGGCAGUUCUACUUUGCAAUCAUGUUAGAAAUCGGGGCUUCUCUAGCAGUUACGACGCUUAUUUUAAACUUUUAUCAUCGCAACAGACGAAGAAUGCCCAAGACCACGAGAAAAGUGAUUCUGCGGUGGCUUGCGCGUUUGUUGUUUCCUUGUCAAAAACCGAAGGAUUGGAGCGAAAUUCAUCGAAGAAGCACCGCUAUGCGACGGAUGGCCACAAACUUCAUAGAUUUGGAAGCCAAGGGGUAUCUUAGCAGCAGCGAUGCAGCAUCUUGUGAAAGCGCCUUUUACCGCUCAAAGGAGAAAAGCGCGCGGCGUGACCCGCACGAGCAUAAAUGGGCUAUGCAGGAGUCUGGGGACGUACGCGACGGUAGCCGUGGAAACCACUCAUUCUGUGAUCUCGGGGUCUCCUGCAAAAACGACUGUUACAAUAACAGGGGUCUCACAAAGCACCGGUCAAAAAAGAACAGAGACGGUCAGACCCGACACAAAAAUUGCGGUCACAAUGGAAAGAAGAGGCUUUCAUCAACAAAACUGCUCAACAGACAACUGACAACGGAUUCAUUGCCUUUUAGAGGUAAUGUCCUGGACUGUUCUGAAGAGAAGAUGAAGAAUCAAAAGGAGUGGAUAAAGGCAGCGCGUGUUUUGGACAGACUCUUUUUAAUCAUUUCCAUUAUUGUUUCCAUCGUCACUCUCCUGAAAAUCUUCUUGCGUGCUCCGAGAUUCCAUCUCAAAUGAGAUGAGAAGGGUCUCCUUCGAGUAGAACACGUGAAAAGGGCCACAAUCCCCUCUCUAUCCUCCUCUAAGAAAAAAAUUCCAAUUUUGUGUUAUAGAUUGUUCGACAUCUAAAAAUAAUAUCCAAUAGCUGCGUACGGAGAUGGUUUAGAGACGGACCAUUAUUAAUUGGGGGGGUGGAGGU